ACCAUGAAGGCUUUAACUUCACCAGAGUCUCCCAGGCAGAGGAGCACGAGAAGGGUCUCUAAACCUGUGAUGGAGAAACGCAGACGGGAGCGGAUCAACAACAGUCUGGAGACAUUACGCCUUCUGAUGCUGGACAACUCACACAAUGAUAAACUGAAAAAUCCAAAAGUGGAGAAGGCAGAGAUUCUGGAGAGUGUGGUGAAUUUCCUGCAGACAGAGACAGAGAUUGGGAAGGGUAACCGGGGCACGAAGAGAGUUCUGACCCGGCGGCAGAGACCGACCUCCGCCCGCCAGCACAACUUCCAUGACGGCAUGAGAUCAUGCAUGCUGAGGGUCAGCCACUUCAUCGCCAGUCAGAGCCAGGAGGCAGAUGAGACCGAUGGGGAUGCUGUUCAGUCUCCUCUUGCGCUACCCGACUCACAGACACACCCUGCAUCUCCCGGGCACAGCCAGGGGGCACAGGCUACCCUGUCACCUCAUCACCUGGCCCACCAUCCCCAAAACUCUCAUCCAUCAUACCUCAACCAGAGGACUGGGCUCCACUGCGACACCAGGGAGCUGCUCGCCUCCGCGGCAGCCUGCACGCACAUCACUGAUCCUGUGUGGAGGCCCUGGCCGCAGUGA